GUUUAGUGAUGUUAGCUUAUGUGGAAGGGCUAAGAUUCGCCGGCGGUGGGGUUUCUGAUGGCUCCAGUGCGUCGCCUUCGUGACCCAAAAAGGAAGUCGGACACGGAUCCUAACCUUUUGACAAUGCAACUUGAAACUCGGAAAACUGAACCGGGUAGGAAUUUCUUUGGUGAAAAACUAUUGUGUAGCUGUGGUGAGACCGAAUCGAUACCGAAGAAUAUUUACACGCGGUCGCAGUUGGAGGCUUCUGUAGCGAAUAAGGAGGGUUUUUUCGUGAAGAGGAUGGCAGAGAAUGAUUCGCGGCCGGAAGGGCUUCCGCAGUCGCAUGGUGGGAAGUAUGUUGGAUUUGGAUCCAGUCCUGCGCCUUCUUUUCAGAGGAGCAAUUCGCAAAAUUACUAUUUCUCUGUUGUUUCUCAGGCUGGCACAAAAGAGAUCACUUCUAAGCAUAUUGAUGCUAAAUACAUGCUACUUCAUGCAUAUUUUACUAUGCAGAAUUCUAAAUCGAAGAAACGAAAGAUGAAUUCCAUGGUAUCAGGAACUCUGUCGUCAUUCAAUGAUAUUAAACCUGAGAUUCAGCUGGCGAGUAAGCGGAGUAAACUCUGCUCAGUUUUGACAGGUAAAUUAGAUUUGUUUUUUGCAUUGAUUCAGUGUCUUUCAGAUGGUCUCAAAUUGCCUCUUCAAUAUCACCGAAAAUUAUGCACUAGAAAUGAAAGGUUGUUGCAACAAAGAGUUCUUCAUUGA